GUGGUACCGCCAGCACUGGAGUACUCCUUCGCCAGGUUCACAAGGUGCCGGCGAAAGCGAUGGUUCUCUCCACGCCGUUCACGAAGGCCUUCAACCUCUCCGUCCCGGUCUGCCUUGCGCCCAUGGCGGGUGUAUCUGGGGGACCCGCUGUCGCGAGGGGGGGCGGACUUGGAGUGAUCGGAGCGGGGUCUGGAAAGAACAUCAGUGAGCUCGACGAAGAGGUUCGGCUGUUCCGCGACGAAGCACCGCUCGGCGCGAAGCUUGCCCUUGGCAUCAUCUCCUGGUCUGCCCUGGGCGGAGACGGUCACGGAGUCACACAGGCCUCCCUCCAUGGGAGGAACACCAACAACCGGACUUCAGCCUCGGAGGCCGCUGCGGCAAUGGCAGGGGCGGCGGCACAGGCCGAUGCGAGCGCAAGCAACGGCAACCUCGGCAGCGGCGGUGGCGGCAACGACAAGGGAUUACGGCGGGAUAGCAGCACCGGCAACGGUGGCUCCGCGAGGAAGGCGGCGUGCGACACGUCGGUGCUGCAGACCCUGCUGAAGCGGUACCGCCCGCACGCGAUCUGGUUCUUCGCUCCCUCCACCCCAUGUGCGUGCGUUUCGAGCGCCGUGUUUUUUCGAGCGUGGGCUGUUUUCACAGGGGUGGGGGGGGCUGUACUCAUGACCGUGCCGCGGGAGGCCCCCCUCCCUUUGACUCCAUCGCCUUUUGUCCCUCCGUGUGCGCGCGCGACUGUUUUCCCAGCAAAGGAGGCGUACACCGUGUGCCAGGAGAUGGGGGUGGAAAUUAUCGCGCAGGUGGGGACGGUGAGUCAGGCCCGAACUGCGGUGGAAAUGGGCGCGUCCGUGGUGGUGGCCCAAGGUCGGGAAGCCGGAGGCCACGGCCUCAGACCCGAGGUGGCACGAGGCGUCCUCCCGUUGGCAGCAGCGGUGUCGGUAGAGCUGGCUGAGACUGGGAAGCCGGUGCUCGCCGCUGGCGGCAUCGUGAGCGGGAGGGGCCUUCUCGCCUCCCUGGCGUUGGGCUGCGAUGGUGUCGUCAUGGGCACCAGGUACUGUGCGACGUACGAGGCUCUGGGAACCGACGACCACAAGGCCAAGAUCGUCAGCACCAGCGGAGACGAGACUGUGAGGACACGAGUGUUCGACAUGGCUGCAGCGGUCCGCCCACACAACCCCGUGUUGUGGCCCGAGCCCUACGACUCCAGCGGGGUGGCUUGGAACGACUUCACGGCGAAGUGGCACACUCAGGAGGCCCGGCUCGAAGAGGACCUGUCUGUCAGGGACGGCGUAACCGGCCACUCGAGGCCGACGGCUCAGCUUGAAGACGCGGAGAGGAUGAGAGACUUGUCGAUCGCGAAGGUGUACAUGGGGGAGGGUGCGGGUCUGAUCUACUCCGUCGACGCGGCUGAAAAAAUCACGAGGGACGUCGCCAGGGAGGCCGAGGAGCAGCUGGACAUGGUCAACCGACUCAGAACGGACAAGGAAUUCGAUCCCCCUCCGAGACCACACGUAUCGGGAGGAGGCGACAGGCCCAUGUCUCUCUCCGCGAACAACAUCGAUGACAUGGAUCGUGGGGGACUGGGCUCGCAAGCUACCGCGAGGGUCAAGCGCGCGAACACAGUGUCGGACCUGUCGAACCCCGUCCGGGCGCCAGGAACCCGUCAGGUGAUAUCUUCCGGCUCUUCGUACGAAAAGAUGGCGGGCUACAGCCGGGCGGUACGCGUUGGCAAGCACGUGCAGGUGGCAGGCACUACCGCUACCGAUCCGGAUGGGUCGGGUGUGCUAUGCAUUGGAGACGUUGGUGGCCAGACGCAGUACAUCUUCCACAUCAUCUCCCUAGCUCUCAAAGAGGCCGGAUGCUCCUUGGAGAACGUUGUGAGGACUCGCAUGUACGUGACCGACAUUGAGAACGCAGAGAAGGUGAUGGCGGAACACUGCAGGGUCUUCAGCAGCAUCCGCCCUGCUGCUACCCUCAUCAGCGUGAGCUCUCUCGUCCACCCGGACCUGCUCGUGGAGAUCGAAGCGGAUGCGCUCGAGCCCUAAGAAGAAUCAAACAAAACCAGUCGAUGAACUCCUCACCCACCCAGGCGACCGGUAGGCAAGUGUUUUGGGGACGGUUGUGUGCCGGAGCUCUUGUUGGUCCUUUUUUCCUCGACGAGCUAACUAAACUCUGAAGGGAAGAGGACAUGAUUGUGUUGUGUCCCGAGAGUCGUUGUUGUUACGCAUGGGCAACAGCUUGGCUCGGUGGGAUGAGCGAUAGUGACAUCAAUUGUGGCGUGGGUCUCGGCUGUAUCCCGCCGGGCAUCGAAAAUUUCCACCGCACAUACCUAUCCCGCUGCUUUUUCUACACCCCGCCUAGUGUCGUGCUCUAGGUAGUCGGGUCUUAUCCCGGUGUGGGCAUCAACAGUUCGGUAGGUAAGUACUUCACAUGGGUUUAGUUUGUGGGGGGCUGGCCUGUGCGUUGCAGGUGUACACUGGUAGCUUUGGUAAUGGAAGGAUUGGCCUCAAGCUCUUCGUCGGCGAGUUCUGUGAGUUGUGGAUUUCCACCUUGCAGGUAGUCGCUCGGCAUGUAACGCUUGUUUGCCUUUUCUUGAACAAGUGGCACGUGGUUCCCGCUCGGCAGCUCCUGCUUUCUCCGUGGUGUGGCCGUUGGUGUGUGUGUCGGGGUGUGUUGUUUGGGAAUACAACGGGUGCUGUUCCACUGCUGUGUGUAUUCGAUCGUGGUAGUUUUCUCACGAGAGGAGGCGAGAAGACCUUGACGACUGGCGGCAGGUUUUGCCUAGGAAUCUAGAUGCGUAGAUUCCAUGCGAGGAAGCGUGCCGCGAUUUCUGCAUGUUCUCUGGGGGGGGGGGCCCUUUGCUUGGUUACACGCGGGGAAAGCAACCCUAUUGAUUUUGAUGCGUUUUACACUGGCUUGUUCGUGACGGGGGAGUGGAGUGGGAGAUGUGUACUUCCUAAUGACUUGCGGCAAUUUGCGCCGAUAUGUGUAUACGCUUUUACGAUCUCGAUGUGCCGGAGGGAAAAGCUUGUAUAUAUACCAGGUACGUUAUUUACGUGCCAAGCGGAGCUACCGGUCAUGUCUUAAGGGGGGGGGGGGGUCUUAAUUUUGUUUUGUGGUGGCCGUGUCAUGCCCAUUUAACGUGAAGCAUCAGAACUUGUUCUGGUCCGCACACUCCGACGUGCAUUCCUUGGGCUUCGAGUAACCCGGCGAUUUUUCACAUGCAUCCUGCUUAGGCAACGCAUUCUGCCACUGCUGAUGCUAGGAGAUGCUAGGAGAGCAUGGACUCCGCCAGUUAGUAAACGGGCGGAUCCCUGCGCGAAUUGAAGCGACUGCUGGUAGUAGGAGCGUAACCCGCUAACCUUCACGGGUUGACGUGAUUCCGAAGGUUGGCUAUGGCAAGAGUAUGGAAACAAUGUGCGUGCGACAAUGCUCGGGUGAAGGGAACUGUUUUGGGGAUGAUAACGUGGUUUUCUUUAGGUUCCAGGAGGCAGGCGAGGAAGAGUAAGACUGAGAACCAAAGGUUUCGCUAGUGGAUGGAUACACGAUUAUUAACCACUAUUAUAUUUUGGUGCGGGAUGAUGCUGACUUCGUAGGAUGCAUGCACAACAGCAAGUGUGCGCGUGCUUGUGGGGCGGGGGAGGAGCGAAGAUGCCUGGAGGCCGCAAGCGCGGCUGUUUUUUGUUUUUUUUGGUUGGUUCGCGUAGAAAUGUGUUGGGUUUAGAUGACGUACACAUUCCGUGGUUACCGUCUGCGUGGCCCUCGAUGGGUUCCGCCGGAUGCGUUGUAGACCGCGCCUCGUGUGUGGCAGACUAUGGUUCCACGAUUCGCGUCCCUCUUGUGACGGUAUGUUCACAUGUAGACUGUGGGUACCUUUUGACCGCGACCCAAGUUGCGCCUGUUGUUCGCGUUUUGGGCUCCAGAUCUUGCAGGACCUCGCGCAGAGUAGUUGCCUAACAUCUGGACUACUUCCCGUUGCUGUGCGGGGCGAUUUUUCUGUCCUUGGCUCGCGAGUUUGACGGCUCGGUGCUGACGGUUUCAAUACUUCUCGGAGGCGUUAAUCGUGUGGGGGGGGGGCGGGUCCUUGAGCGGCGUGUUGCUUGGUCGAGUAGGUCGAGAGAGCGAGUGAUCGUGAGUGGGUAAUGCACGCGAACUGGCACAAUAACCGAAGAAUCGUUUGCUUAACAACUACUGCUUGCUCGUCUCUCUUCGGGACACCUUGGCUACCGGUUGGGGUUAGGGGUGGGAUUAGGGGUAUAGCCCUAUUGACUCCCCGUGCGAGCAGCAACAAGGCACGCUCGGCGGCAUGGGCAUGGUUCGUGGUUGUUCACGGGAAUGGGUUGAGCUUUCGGCGAUUGGCCCGACCUUUUGGCCGUGCACGCGAGGAAGAGACCCUAAGGGAACAUCGAAAUGGUAAAUAUUGGUUUCAAACCCUGCGGUUUGAGGAAGUUCUUGGUGUGUGUGUGACAGUAAGGUGUUGUUGCUUCUGAGACCGCGCCCCACGGAAGUAUGGGAUUGGGCGCGCGCGGAGGGGACGGGGGGACAGAAUGUGUUCGCUGCUUUAUUACUGUAUCGGGGUUUUGAAAGGCUCGUUCGUUAGAAAAGGGAUGUGUCGGGUGUUUAGGUGUCGAGCGGACGGGAAGCGAAUGGUGCGAACACGUCGGUCAGUGGCCUCACCUUUCUUCUUGGGGCGUGUUGGUGUCGUCUUGUAUCGUUUUCCCAUCUGGAUCAGGCAGAGACUACGUGCGGAGUAGAGAGACAGCGGAGAACAGGAAAGUUUACCUACCACCGUUUGGAACGCAUUACGUUGGUGGCUGUUAUUUUUUGCCUAGUGUUGGUCGACGAGUGAAGGCAGGUCGGAGGAAGCGAGAGAGAGAGGAGAGGGAUGGGGGCUCUUCUUCACCCUUUCGUGCCGAUGAUUUUGUCGAGGAGGGGGUAAGGGCAAAGAGAGCUGUACCGAUUGCAAGCACAGCUGGGGGGGACCAGGGGGUGUCGUUUUUGUCGUCCUCGUUUUUGUUGUUGUUUGUUAUCUUGCGUAAGCUUGUCACCGAACCGACGGUGCUGUCUCAGGGUGUUGCGGGAAGGAAAAUCACAGGUCAAAGAGUGACUACUGUAAGAGAUGAAUCCUCUGCGUGUGGCACACAGGUAUGGCUUUUCCUCUGAGGAGAUCUGCAGAGAAGGCGGUGGUGGAUAGAAGGAAGGACCUGAGACGGGGGCGUGGGGGUUCCGGUGAAUCACCUGAGAACGACGCAGGCCCUGUGGGUUGGGAGGAUGAAGUUGAUUAAAGUAGUCGUGGAGAGAGGUGGUGCAUGUGUAGAAUAAAUAGUCUUGCUUGUCGUUUUUCGAUCCUCGGGGGGCGGUGCUCGCGUGUAGAUCGCCCAAGCCGUCUGUCUACGUUGUUGUUGUUGCCCGCACGCGUGGAAAGGGGGGAGGGAACCGGGGGUAUUGUAUGUGUUCGUCGUUCUGUAGCCAUGAUGAUGACGGCGUUGUUGGUUAGGUCGGCGUUGGGGGGUGCUUGCCUCACGUUCUGUCCCCCCGAUCGAUUCUCGAGGCAACACUACUAGUGGCACAAGAAGAGCGUCGUGCCUCUCUGUGCGCGAUUUGGGUCGUCCUUUCAUGCUCGAAGCCAUCCCCCGGCGGUAGAGGUGUAUGUACGUUGAAAACCAAACCAUGCAACGGUUGUAGAGAAAGAGGCACAGUUUUCCAGAAGGAAGGGUGGUGUUUGUGUGUGUACUCGAUAGGAGACGAAUCUCCAAGAUAUCCGGGGGUUACGCAGAUGUAUAUGAUGGGUGUGAUGGACUCGACACGCUAGGCUCUGCUUGCCUGCUGAUGUCUCUCACCCGUUAAUACUAAAAGCUUGAGUCAAUCCUUCGUGCAGAAACGCUGUCAAGAGCCCGCGAGCGUGAUAACGCAGUACACGCGCCGACACCCUAACGGGUGUUUGCGAGCUGGUGACUUUCGGUUUGCCCGAUUCUAGGUGGCAUUCCUGCAGAAGUAGCAGAGUAAUCUGAUUACAUUUUGGUUGUGACGGUUUCUGUUUUGUUAGCUUCAGCCGCCGCCUUCAAACCGUUCUGAUUUUCUCAGUCUCUCCUCUGACUCAAGACGCCGUAUAGUUUUUUUCCUACCGUGCGAUUUUUUUGUCUCAAUCCCUCUUCCAAUGGCAAGUCCCUCUUGCAAAGGGAUUGAAAAGAAUGUUUCCCCGACGUAGCAGGGGGUACACGGAGGAAGUCCCAAGGCUCGUAGUCGGUAUUUUAGUGGUGGUGGUACUGUGGUUGGUUGUGGUUAGCACGAAUGAAAAAGACAUCUCGCCGCGUGUAGCGCCGCCAGUGAAACGUUGUGACUAGACAGAUGAGAGUAUUAAGUCAAGUUGUCUCAUCCUUUGAAUAGGGUCAACGGGUACGCGG